CUACACACACCUAAUCUCUAUUUUUUUUUUACCACAUCGGUUGAGCCAUCUUAGUGAUCAGAUAGCCAAAUCUCUAACAACUGGAUUCUCAAUAUUAUUUGGACACCUGUUAAUAGUGUAUUAACUAGUAUUUAAUGCAACAACAACAAAAUUAAUAGUAAAGGAAAGGGAAAUUUUAGAUGUCUCACCAAAAAACGAGAAAAAGGAAGAGGAAUUACUAGCGAUCUCGGGCAAAUUGCGUUUUGGGGGUUCCAGGCACCAAAACUUUCAUCUGAAUCGAUGCCCCCAGAUCCGGCAAUCCUCUCGUCCAAUUCGGUUAAUUCUCCCUCCUUUCUUCGAGUUAGUUUCUUUCCUUCCUCUGUCAAUCCACCGAGAGGAUCAAGCGGGAGAAAACAAUUACAUACUCUUCCUCUCUUCUCCUUCUCCUUCCUGAGUCUACCCUUUGAACCUCCGAUUGGCUGAGCUCGCCGGAGAUCGAUCCAAACCUCGGCUGCCCGUGGCACUUGUUGCGGUUUGUUUCCCUACAUUGUUAUUGUUGCUUCUGUUGUUGCUUUCUAGCUUCCAUUUCUUCUUGGUCUCAUGGGUUAGACCUAUUAUAUCAAUUGCAUGCUUCAGAUGAAUUGUUUCCCUUAACCAUCUGCAAUGUUCUUUGCCCAUAAGGUUGAUAUCUAUCCUUAGUGUAAAACCUGGGUUCUAGGUGUAUAAAGUUUGGUGCUUUCUAAAUGCUAUGCCUCUUCGUUCAGUGGGUUAUUGUUCAUGCUCCUUUGACAAAUUUGUUUCACUAGUAAAACCCAAUGCAGAAUGGAAUUGCUUGAAAAAAGGAGCAGCUUUAGUUUUUUAUUAUGGCAGAAUUUCCUGGGCUAGCUUUUAUCCUAGCAUUGAAUGGCUUUCUCAGUUCCACCAUUCCACUUCAAAGGAUGGACAAGCUCUACACUAGAGAAACAAUGGUUUUGUCGUUGCUAGUGGGAACACCGGGGAAACCAUGAAUGAUGGUUUCUUGUGUUGAUUAAAAUUGCUGGUGAACAACCCUUCUUAUUGAUGUGGGGAAACCUUCGACUAGACGACUGUAAAAUUGUAAUCGUUUGUCAAAUGUCAUUCUUGAACUUCGAUUUAGAUAAGACUAAAAGGAUUUCCCAAUUUUCAUACGUUGGACUUAUUAUGAUAUAGUGCUUCAGAAAAGUGAGAUAUGAUGCUCUAGCUUCCGGUUUCUCACAUUUUGCAUUGGCACAUUUGUAUGAGAGCAUUCUGUGCAACAGUGCCACUGUACUGAAGGCUCUUGGGUUUUAUCAUCCUUGCUUUACAGCAGUUAGAACAACAUGGUUCUUAUAUUUGCUUGUUGCCCUUUUCCUUUUUCAUUACAAAAGGUUUUCUAUGGUUUUAUAUCUCCUAGUUGAUAUGGCACAGCAGCAACUGCUUAUAUUGCUUGGAGUUGGGAUAUAAAUGUUGAGCUUGAAAUGUUCUCAGAUGGGGUCCGUCGAUGAUAAUGAGCUUGCUGGUAUAGAAGAUAUGGGCGAUGGGGAGGAUGACAGUGAUGAAGUUGUGUUGAAUGAUGCGGAACCUUCAUCAGGAAGUCAUACUAGGAGAAAGUGUUGCAGAAAUAGUGAUCUUGGGGAAAGUUCAGAGCCCAUUAAUACGAGGAAAGAGGGAGAAAGAUCCAUAAAAACAAUUUGUUUAAGUCGAAGUCUAAGAGCUUUGUUUGUUCAACUAUUAAUGAGGUCUGUGAUCAGUCUGUUGUUUCUAGGUUGCCUUGCUGAUUCGGGUCAGUCCUGUCCCAAAACUAGCUCCUUUAUUGGGUUUGAAUCCCAAUUCACCAUGGUGCAGCACCAGCUUCGUGGAGUGAUGACCAUAGUUGACGACUGCUCGUUUAGGGUUUCUGAAUUCGACAUGUUAUCAGGCCUGGAUGUUCACUGGUGGGGAGCCAGUGCUGCUGAUUUUGUCAACCUCACCAAGGGCUUUGUGGUCUCCAAUCAGAAGCUUAAUGAGACAUAUAAAAAUGCAUCUUUUGUUGUUAAGUUGAGCAAAAAUAUCACUUGGGAGAAGAUCCAAGUCCUUUCGGUGUGGGACAUUCCCACAGCCUCUGAUUUUGGACACAUUAUUCUGAAGAAUGAGUCCGCUCUAGCCUCCACAUUAAACCCUGUAUUCCCUACAAUGCCAUCUGAGAACAAUUCUAGUCAAGGUAAAGAGAAAGAUUGGAUCUUCACUACGCCAACAAUGUUUGAUAACUGCAAGGUACUGACUAAAGACUAUCGAGUAAGGUGGAGUCUGAGUGCCAAUAAGAAUUUCAUCGACAUAGGAUUGGAAUCAGCUAUGGGUAUUCAGAAUUAUAUGGCAUUUGGAUGGGCCAAUCAUAAGUCCAAUUCAGAAUUAAUGAUUGGUGCUGAUGUAGCUGUGGCUGGGUUCACUGAGGAAGGAUGGCCAUUUGCUGAUGAUUUUUUCAUUACAAAGUAUGGUGAAUGUACUGUAAACGAGGAUGGUUCAGCUGAUGGAGUUUGCCCUGAUACCAUAUUCGCAGGAUCAGACCCAGUCGGUUUGGUGAACAACACCCAGACCAUCUAUGGCCACAGGAAGGAUGGUGUGUCCUUUGUUAGGUACAGGAGGCCUUUGAUUCCUAUAGAUAAGAAGUAUGAUUUGCCCGUGAAUUAUACACAAAAGAUGAUCGUGAUCUGGGCUAUAGGUCUGAUGAGGCCGCCAGAUUCGUUUAGACCUUAUUACCUGCCUCAGAAUCAUGGAGGUCCAGAGGAUGUAACUUUUGGGCAUCUACUGCUUAAUGUAUCAGAGAAAGUGAAUGAUUGUGUUGGGCCAUUGGAUGCUGCAGACAAGGAGGAUCAGGAUUUGAUAAUUGCAGAUGGAAAUGUGCCUCUUGUUGUUACUUCUGGGCCUGCACUACACUAUCCUAAUCCGCCCAACCCAGCAAAGGUAUUUUACAUUAAUAAUAAGGAAGCUCCAGUUUUAAGAGUUGAGAGAGGUGUACCUGUAACUUUCUCUAUGGAAGCGGGACAUGACGUUGCAUUGUAUAUAACUUCAGACUUGCUUGGGGGGAAUGCCACUUUGAGAAACACCACUGAAACCAUCUAUGCAGGAGGGCCUGAAGCCGAGGGUGUUCCGGCUGAUCCAAUGGACUUAGUUUGGGCGCCAGAUAGGAAUACACCUGAUCAAGUAUACUAUCAAUCAUUGUAUCAGCAGAAAAUGGGAUGGAGGGUUCAGGUUGUUGAUGGGGGUCUAUCUGAUAUGUACAACAACAGUGUUUUCCUAGAUGAUCAGCAAGUAACCUUCUUUUGGACAAUGUCCGAUGAAAGCAUAUCGAUUGCAGCUCGAGGAGAGAAAAAAAGUGGUUAUGUUGCAAUAGGGUUUGGUGAUGGGAUGGUGAACAGCUUUGCUUAUGUUGGCUGGGUUGAUGAUGAAGGAAAAGGGCAUGUAAAAACAUAUUGGAUUGAUGGAAAGGAAGUGACGAGUGUGCAUGCUACGAAUGAGAAUUUGACUCAUGUUAGGUGCAAAUCUGAGAACGGGGUCAUUACCUUAGAGUUCACAAGGCCCUUGAACCCCACUUGUGUUGGCCAGGUAGAGUGCAACAACAUUAUCGAUCCCACUAGUCCUCUUAAGGUUGUGUGGGCACUGGGUGCUAGUUGGUCAGAUGAGCAUCUGAGUGAGGAGAACAUGCAUUCAGCAACAAGUCAAAGGCCCAUGCGUGUUUUACUCAUGGGUGGAUCAACAGAAGCAGAGCAAGAUAUUCGACCGGUGUUGGCUGUGCAUGGAUUCAUGAUGUUCCUUGCUUGGGGUAUUUUACUCCCUGGUGGUAUUCUUGCAGCUAGAUACUUGAAGCAGGUUAAGGGCGAUGGUUGGUACCGGAUUCAUGUCUACUUGCAGUACUCAGGCUUGGCCAUUGUCUUGCUCGGCUUUCUUUUUGCAGUAGCUGAACUUCACGGCCUGUAUGUGAGUUCAUUGCACGUUAAGGUUGGGCUAACUGCUAUAUCUUUGGCAUGCGCCCAACCGGUGAAUGCUUUAAUGAGGCCCAAAAGACCUGGUAAUGGAGACGUUACCAGGAAAAGGCUUAUGUGGGAAUACUUCCAUGCUAUAGUUGGAAGGUCUGCCAUCAUCUUCGGGAUCAUUGCGGUGUUCACAGGGAUGCAACAUUUGGGAGAUAGAUAUGGAGGGGAAAACGUUGGUGGUUAUAUUUGGGCAAUGAUAGCUUGGUUCCUGAUUGGAGGGUUGAUGCUAUUGUAUCUUGAAUAUAGAGCCCGGAAGAGAACGAGGGACAGAUUAUACGCGGGAAGAAGUAACUGGGUGCUGGGUCAUGUGGAAGAAGAUGAUUCCAUUGAUCUCCUGAACCCAACGAGGGCUGCUGCCAAAACGGGUUUGCAAGAGUCUGGAAGAAUGGAAGUCCAGUUAGAACCUUUGAAUAGAUAAAAUUCAGAUACCGUGUGGUAAAAAUCAUCAAUUUUGGUAUCGAGUCAUCAAUCAUCCUUCUCCUCCAAUCUGGUAAGUUUGCUUGGGAGCUUUACUCUCGAAACAUAUCUUCUAAUAAACCUCAGGCAUCCAUUCAGCGCAGGUUGCGUUUUGUAUACUUGAUACACCUGUGAACUGAAGCUGAUAGAUUAUAUAGGGUUUUCCCAUUCCUCAUAUCUUGAUAUAAAGAGCUGAAAUUUUGUUUAUUCACUUUGCUUGUACACUAACAUACUUGUUAGUCCUAUAGCAGCUUGUAACUUCUAUAUACAUGAUGAUUACAAUUAACAUGAUGAUGUUUG